GUGAAUUUUUAGAGAAAAUGAAGUGCGCUAUUCUACUCGGAGUGAUUGCACUGAUCACAACGCUAGCAAUUGAAGAUUCGCUUGCGACGGGUACUUCUAAGCCUUUCGUACGGAGCCGUUACAGCAAACGUUGGCGUAUUCCCGUAACUACAGAGCCCAACGCAGCGAAUGGCACUUUAACCACUGAACAACAGAAAACUUUAGAAACGGAGGUGACUACCGUCGAAACGGUCAGAGUAAACAACCAGACCGUCGUUAAGCCUGAGGGAACAACAGCUGUGCCAUCGCUUAGAACAACAAUAUAUUCCAAAGAUGUUAAAGAUGCGAAAAAGGAUUAUCAUAGCACGACAACAGAACAUCCGAGACAUGCUGGUCCAAAUGGCUUACCACUGGACUAUGAUUAUUAUGGGAAUGGCGGUGAAAAUGAAGACGAAGGCGGCCAUAAGUAAUAUAUUUAUUUUUCUUUACGAAUUUUAUAGCCCGUUAUACUAAUAUUUACUGACGAUAAUACCAGUGAAAAUAUCUCAGCAAGUAAUAUUAUAUAUGUAUACA